GUGACGUCGUCGCCAUUUUGUAGUGGUGUUUGGGACGUGAAAAUGCUGUUUGUUUCGGUGUUUUUUUAGAACUGAGAAUUUAAGGGUCACAUUCAACUGAUACCUUAAAAAAUGACGCAGUUUCUGCCACCGAACCUGUUAGCACUUUUCGCUCCGCGGGAUCCUGUACCAUAUUUACCACCCGUUAGCAAACUCCCACAUGAGAAGAAGAAUGGAGGCUAUAUUGGCGUUGGAGGUUUUCUUAAAUAUUUCGAGGAUCCCAAAGAUACACCUCCACCGGUUCGUGUAGAGACUAGAGAAGAACGUCUAGAACGUAGAAGAAGAGAACGCGCAGAACAAGUUGCAUAUAAAUUAGAACAGGAAAUUGCAGUAUGGGAUCCUGCUGGCAUUCCAAAUGUAACAGCAGAUCCCUUUAAGACCCUUUUUGUAGCACGAAUUAAUUAUGACACUUCAGAGUCCAAACUUAGGAGGGAAUUUGAGGUUUACGGUCCAGUAAAAAAGAUAGUGGUAAUUCACAAUACUAUAAAUGGCAAGCCUAGGGGAUAUGCUUUCAUUGAGUAUGAGCACGAAAGAGAUAUGCACUCGUGGUGGCCGCUGCCGGCAACUAGUGCCGUUCACUAUUCCAUGCAAUCCCUGAACCUGCCUGAUAUGAUAGCUGCUUAUAAGCAUGCGGAUGGUAAGAAAAUAGAUGGUCGCAGAGUGUUGGUCGACGUGGAACGUGCUAGGACGGUGAAAGGAUGGCUUCCGCGAAGGCUCGGUGGUGGACUCGGUGGGACCCGAAGGGGUGGGCCUGAUGUGAACAUUAAACACUCUGGUCGGGAGGAUAAUGAAAGAGAACGAGAACGGUAUCGUUUAGAACGGGAGAGGGAGAAUUCUGGACGCCUUGAUAGAGACAGAGAUCGCGAUCGUUUGGACCGAGAGCGCAGAAGGUCGUCGCGUGAUCGUAAGAGAAGGACUAGAAGUAGAUCACGCGAUCGCAAGCGUAGACGUAGUCGCGAUCGAUUACCUGAUCCGGACAUUGAAGAGAUUCAAAGAGAGGAACGUCCACGCGAUAGAAGGGACCGUGAACGUGAUCGCGAUCGAGACCGGGAUCGUAAGAGGAGACGUUCCAGGAGUAACGAUCGCGAUCGUGACAGGGAUCGCAAAAGGGAUAAGCGCGAUCGCGAUCGUGAACGUAGAGACAGGAAAGAUCGGGGCGAUCGUCAAGAGGAAGAUACGAAAGAGAUUCGAAUUAAGGAAGAACCUUUGGAUGAUUACCCUGAUUAUAGUAACACUUUCUCGACGUCUGGAUCAUACUUUACCGCUGUAAAAUACGAAGAAGAUAAUGACCAAGAAGUGGAAGAGAAAUACAGAAUUCCAGAAGGUCGUCCAGAUCCCCCUCCCUAUAAUAAUUAUGAUUCCGUGCCGGAUUAUUGAUCUCGACGAUAUCUCUUAAUAACGUUCUUUUUCGUUACCACGCACGACGAAUUAACACAAUUCUCAAUAACGUAUUGUAUUUCAUAUUGUUAUUAGUGUAAUAUCGACUCGGCCAUAUCGGGUAUCUGAUUUCUGUACGUAAUCUACAGCGACCAGAUACCCGGUAAGGAUAUUGCAAGGUAAGCAGGUCUGGACUACUGAUUUAUAUGCAGUUGAUUUCUAUUCGCUGGAUUGUAAAAUUUUACAUUACGGUUGGCACGAAGGUGAUUUCCGAAAAAAUGAAUUUAGACGCUUUGGAAUAUUUACCAGAGAUACAUUCAUGAAUUAUAGUUGUUGUGUAGCAGUCUAUGUGAAACCUCGCAAUAUGGAAAUGAAAGGUCCAUAAGUAUGCAAACUUGAUUGCGGUUUUAUUUCAAGUCGUUUUGUACGUGUAAAUAAGUAUAUACGACAUUAUGCUACAUAAAUUUAAUUUUCUCAUGACUGCUGCAUGUAUAUUUAUAUAUACAAAUAAAAUAAACUACACACUUAA